AUGUCUCGCCGUAAGAUCCGAAGCACCGCGGAAGAGACCCUCACUCCUCCUGACUCUCUGGCUCCCGGUCAGUUGAUCGCCCGUGUGGUCAAAGUCAACGGCAAAGACCUCUACACGGUCCAGACCCCCGACUCAUCCACGUUUCUCGUCGAACUUGAAGCCCGCUUCAGAUCCACCAUCUUCGUCAAGCGCGGCGGCUAUGUCCUGGUAGAUACCACUACCACGGCCGACCGGGACAACAAGAUCCAGGGCGAAAUUGUGAAUAUCGUUGGUGACGAAAAGGCGUGGAGGAAACAACCCUUCUGGCCGCAAGAGUUCGUCAAGAGGACCACACUGGCCGACAGUGACGACAAGGACUCACGGGUGGGCCGGAUGCCGCCUUCGGACAGCGAGGACGAAACAGGAUGA